GUGAUGACGUCAUCUAAAGAGCGACGUGAAGACCAGCGUGGAGCGGCUGGAACACGCGGAUUAUUUCAUCUUCCAAAAUGGUGAAAACUGGAAAACUGCGGUCCGGAGCGGCUCAGAAAUUGAAACGAUGGAAGAAGGGACAUAGCAGCGAUUCAAAUCCGCAGACGAGUCGUUACCGUCAAGCAGCGAGAAGCCGCUUUUUCAGCCGCCCCUCAGGGAAAAGUGAUCUCACGGUUGAUGCCCUGAAACUCCACAAUGAUCUCCAGGCGGGUCGUCUGGAGAGAGGUGGCGAUGGGGCAAGCGACGCCAUGGAGGAUGCAGCCCUCACUGAGAGGACCUCUGGCACGUUUCUUAGUGGAUUAUCAGACUGUUCUAAUCUCACCUUUAGAAAAGUCCAGCGUUACUGGGAGUCCAACUCUGCUGCACACAAAGAGAUCUGUGCUGUAUUAGCCGCUGUUACAGAAGUGAUUCGCUCACAGGGAGGAAAGGAAACCGAGACAGAAUACUUUGCAGCUUUGAUGACGACCCUUGAAGCAGUAGAGAGCAGUGAAUCUCUGGCUGCUGUUGCCUACCUACUGAAUUUGGUAAUGAAAAGGGUACCUGCUCCAGUGCUAAUAAAGAAGUUCUCAGACACAGCAAAGGCCUUCAUGGACAUCAUGUCAAAACAAGCCAGUGCUGACUCCGUGUCCUCGCUACGAUGGGUCUUGUCGUGCCUGGCCACUUUGCUGAGGAAGCAGGAUCUCUCAGUGUGGAGUUAUCCAUCCACCCUGCAGGUCUACCAUGGCCUGCUUAGCUUCACUGUGCACUCUAAACCAAAGGUGCGUAAAGCAGCUCAGCAGGGCAUUUGUGCUGUCCUCCGUGGCAGUGACUGCAUGUUCUCAGACAAUGCCCCGAGCCACCACCCUGCUGCUGUCACCACAGCAAAGUACUGCAUCAAAGAGAUGGAGCAGGCAGGAGGUAACAAGGAAGAUACAACCACUCUACAUGUGCUCGGGCUUCUGAAAGAACUGAUUGCAACCUUUCCUCUCAGCUCUGUGAAGUUGUGCUGUGAGACUCUUCUUCGAGUGAUGACUCUGAGUCAUGUGCUAGUGACAGCGGGAGCGAUGCAGGCUUUCCAUAAACUCUUCAGUAGCAAACCCAGCUCCUCCACCCUGUCUGCAGAGCUCAAUGCCCAGAUUAUUACGGCUUUGUAUGACUAUAUCCCCAGUGAAAACGACCUACAGCCUCUGCUAGGUUGGCUUGCAGUUAUAGAGAAAGCCCAUGUCCAUCUGUCUAGCUUACAGAGCUCUCUGAGUCUGGGUCAUCUCCCUCGGCUCUUCUCUACGACUAUGUCCUGUCUCCUGUCCCCACAUGCACAGGUCGUCUCUGCUGCUACACAAACCCUAAAGAUCCUGAUCAAUGAGUGCAUGGCACCACAUAUGGCAGAGAUUGGGCCUGUUCUACCCAGCACAUCUACUGGCAAUGGGCUUUACAUCUGUAAAAUGUUCCGUGUUGUCGAAGAAGGUUUAUCAUAUCGCUUCCAUGCUUCGUGGCCGUUUGUGCUGCAGAUCAUUGGCUGCUUCUACAGGGCUGCAGGAAAACAGGCCCACCCUAUAAUGACCAAGAGUCUGCAGUCCCUUUGUGACCUGCGGGCCACCCCACGGUUCCCCUUCUGUGGGGAGCUGGACUUGGCCAUUGGACGGGCGGUGGAAAGCAUGGGCCCCCAUGUGGUCUUGAGUGCUGUCCCCUUGUUGAUCACUGGCACAGAUGAUGACCUGGAGUUCCCACGCAGCUGGCUCAUCCCUGUUAUCAGAGACCAUGUGAAGAACACCCAGUUAGCGUAUUUCACCUCUUACUUCCUUCCACUGGCGUCAACACUAAAGCAGAAAGCUGCUGAAUUGGAGCAAUCAGGACAGAAACUGAUUGCAAAAGUAUAUCAGACAUUACAGUUGCAGAUCUGGACAAUGCUCCCCGGGUUCUGCAUGAAGCCCAUUGACCUGGUCAGUUCUUUUAAGGGCAUUGCCCGAUCUCUGGGCAUGGCCAUUACUGAGCACCCUGACCUCCGAAUGUGCAUCUAUCAGGCUCUCCGUACACUCAUCUACAAGAGCUGUGAAACAGAGGAGCAGAAGGCUGAAGUUGGCCGAUUUGCUAAGAACUUCCUGCCCAUUCUGUUUAACAUGUACACCCAGCAGCCCACACCUGGAGAGAGUGACCCAUCCAGGCUGGCAGUACUCGACACAGUCAGAGCCUACCUGACCAUCACUGACCAAAACACGGUGAGCUCAUUCUUGCAGAAAGCAUUGGAAAGGCUUGUCAGUCCAGACAGCUCAGAGUUUACACGGCUAACAGUGAUGGAUUUGGUGGUGACAAUGGCUGCAUUUGUGGAUGAAGGAACUAUGAGACAAACCUACGAAAUAAUCAAACCCCACUUGGCGAGUAAGGAUUCUAGUAUUCAGAAGAAGGCAUACCGCAUACUAGAGGAGAUGUGUGGAGGGGAAAAAGACGCAUGCAAGAAGUUUGUCCUGGCCAGUGUAGAGCAGCUCAAGCUGACCUUGCUGGACAGCCUGAAGAGUGCCUCCUCACCUGCCAAAAGACCCAGACUGAAGUGCCUUAUUCACAUUGUGAAACAGCUGAAUGCAGAACACAAGGACUUCAUCACUACCCUGCUCCCCGAGGUCAUUAUUUGCACAAAGGAGGUGUCUGUUGGAGCCCGCAAAAAUGCCUACUCCCUUCUGGUGGAGAUUGGCAAUGCUUAUGUCCGAUUCUGUGGGAACUCCCAAGAUGCUCUAAACGAGUACUUGGGUCAUGUCUACAUUGGACUUACUGGAUCAGUAACAAUGAUCACCUGCACAGUGCUUGCCCUCACCAGACUUAUUUAUCAGUACAAAGACACCUUAGAUGUAUCAUCACUGGAGCAGCUGUUGCACAAUGUGUGCUUGCUGCUCUCCUGCAGAACACGGGAGAUCGUCAAAGCAUCUCUGGCCUUCAUUAAAGUUGUCAUCUUUGUCCUGGAUGUGAAGGUUCUGGCAAGCCAUGUGACAGUCAUUAUGGAAGGCAUUGGCAAUAUGAAAGAUGAUAUGAGAAGACACUGUAGGACGAAACUGAAGAACAUUUUCACUAAAUUAGUUCGCAAGUUUGGCUUUGAGCUGGUGAAAAGCAUGUUACCUGCAGAGCACCACAAGGUUCUCGCGAACAUCCAUAAAGCUGAGGCCAGAUCGAAGAGGCGUAAGCUUCUGAGCAAGGAUGAGGAGGAGUCAGACAAUGAGGAGGACACUCCUAAAGCCAAGACUGAAAGUAUUGAGGACAUUCUGGCAGAGACGGACUCUGAUGAAUCAGAGGACGAAAAGCCUAAAAAAGGCCAGAAGAAACCAAUGAAGCAGAAGGCGCAGGCCUGGCUGAAGGAAGGUGUGUCUGAUGAUCCACUCAACUUCCUGGACCCCAAGGCAUCCCAGAGAGUGCUCGCUACUAACCCUGACCUGAAGAAGACAGCCAAGGUUGACCAUGGGUUCAAAGUGACGUCAGAUGGCAGAUUGAUUAUUAAGGAAGAUGAUGAUGAUCAUGAUGAUAAAGGUGACGAGGAAAUCGAUGACAUUCUAAAAGAGGCUGGAGUCAAAACUAAAAAGAGACAGAAGAGGAAAAUGGAUGAUGAUAUGGGAGAUGAUAUGGACAUUGAACCACACAUGAAAUACAGAGCUGGUGGCAUUGGGAUCCAUAGGCCUCUGGGUAGAAGAGAAGAAUCUGGGGUUGAUUUCAAAGCAAAGAAGGGAAAAGGUGACAUUAAGAAGAAGGGGAAGUGUGACCCGUAUGCCUACAUCCCUCUUAAGAAAGCACAGCUCAACCGCAGGAAAAAGGCCAAACUGCAGGGCCAGUUUAAGGGGAUGGUCAGAGGAGUAAAGAAAGGUGCACAGCUGGGAAAGAAAAUGCAGAAAAUGAAGAGAAAAGCUUGAGGCAUGUAUGCACAAAUGUGGAUGGACAAUUUUGUUGAAUUGUUUCAAAGAGACAGUUCUUCUGUGAUUGCUAGAUUCUUCAUCAUGCUUUGUUGUUCUGCCAUGGAAUGAAAUCUGUCCUACUGAUUAGAGAUUGAUGACUGCAGCUAAGUAUUUUCACCUCAUUGGCCUUUGCUGUUGAAAUUCCUCAAGUGUCAACCCACUCCUGCCAGUUCAUCUCAAGACUGUAGUAGGUGGAACCCACAGGAUGGUUCUGUGUGAUGAACUGUAUUUGUGUCUUGCAUAUAGGAGAUGGAUAAUAAAUAUUGCCACAUGUAGAACCUUU